UCUCGGACCAUGCACCUGUAGUAAUGGAAUUAAAAUGGGGAGGGAAAAUGUCAGGUGGCCUAUCAUGGAAGUUGAAUGAGACACUCCUCACGGAUCCAGAUACUGACCGGAAGAUCAGGGAGGAGAUAGAGAGGUUCUUUGAGGAAAAUGAAACAGAGGAUGUAUCACUAGCGACAGUGUGGGAGGCACAUAAAGCAUAUGUAAGAGGAAUCCUUAUUGCGAUUGGGGCAAAGAAAAAAAGGGAAAGACGAGAGAAGAUCAGUGGGCUUUUGAAGGAAAUAGCUGAGAUGGAACUCCUACAUAAAAAUAACAUAAGGAAAGAGAUAGAGCAAAGAGUG